CCACAAUGCACCUUGUAUCAACACGGCUCUGGUGGCGGCUUCGAGGAGGGGCUGGGGCGCUCACCGGUCCGGCACGCAGCGCGAGGGCUAUCGGGCGGGGCCCGGGUGAGGGGCGACUGGCAGCCAUGGCGGAGUCGGCGCCUACUCGGCACAGGAGGAAACGCCGCUCCACACCUUUGACCUCUUCCACACCUCCCCCACAAGCGACAGAGAAAAGCUCUUACUUGCAGACCACAGAGCUCUCUCUCUGGACUGUGGUGGCCGCCAUUCAGGCCGUGGAGAAGAAGAUGGAGUCCCAGGCCGCCCGGCUACAGAGCCUAGAGGGGCGGACAGGGACGGCCGAGAAGAAGCUGGCGGACUGCGAGAAGACGGCCGUGGAGUUCGGGAACCAGCUGGAGGGCAAGUGGGCCGUGCUGGGGACCCUGCUGCAGGAGUACGGGCUGCUGCAGAGGCGGCUGGAGAACAUGGAGAACCUGCUGAGGAGCAGCAACUUCUGGGUCCUGAGGCUGCCCCCGGGCAGCAAUGGAGAGGGUCCCAAGGUGUCCAGGUCACUUGAAAAUGAUGGAGUCUGUUUCUCAGAGCAGGAGUGGGAAAAUCUGGAGGACUGGCAGAAGGAGCUCUACAGAAACGUGAUGAAGAGCAACUACGAGACUCUGGUCUCUCUGAAGGUCCUUGGCCAGCCAGAAGAAGAAGCGGAAUUGGGUGCAGGGAUGCUGGGCGACUUGGAGGAGGAAGGCCCUGGUGAUGUCCACCCAGCAGAAGGGGUGAUGAUCAAGCCGGAGAUCCAGUGCGCUCAGGAAGGCUCUGCGGAUCUUCCUGGAGAGUUCUCGGGCAUUGCCGAAGAGCAGGCUUUCCUGAGCCCAGAGCAUACUGAACUCUGGGGUGGUCAGGGUGGUUCUGUCCUCUUGGAUUCGGGCCCCAGGGACGCUACUCUGGAGGAUCCCAUUGAGGGAAGUAGAGACCCUAGCGGUGGCAGAACUCUGAGCUGCCUCCCGAAGCCGAAGCCCAGUAGGCAGGUGCAGCUGGGUCAGGAAUGCGGGCCGGGCCUAAAGCUGAAAAGGGACGCUUCUGGCCCCUAUGAAUGCUCCGAGUGCGACGUCAGCUUCCAUUAUGAGCAGCAGCUCGCUACGCACCUGCAGACCCACUCGGGGUGGGGGCCUUAUGCAGCCUCAGAGCCCGAGGAGAGCCGUAGACCCAGGCCGCAGCUGAAGCCCCCGUCCAAGAGGGCGAGGCUGCACCAGUGCGACGUGUGCCUGAGGAGCUUCAGCUGCAGGGUGAGCCUCGUGACCCACCAGCGCUGCCACCUGCAGGAGGGGCCCAGUGCUGGCCGCCGUGUCCAGGAGAGGUUCUCGCCCAACAGCCUGGUGGCCCUGCCUGGCCACAUCCCUUGGAGGAAAAGCCGGAGUUCCCUCAUCUGUGGUUACUGUGGCAAGAGCUUCAGCCAUCCGUCGGAUUUGGUGCGGCACCAGCGCAUCCACACGGGCGAACGGCCCUACAGCUGCUCCGAGUGCGAGAAGAGCUUUGUCCAGAAGCAGCACCUUCUGCAGCACCAGAAGAUCCAUCAGCGGGAGCGGGGCGGGCUGGCCCUGGAGCCCGGAAGGCCCAAUGGCCUGCUUUAAGGGUGCCAGCCCCUUGUCCGUCCAGGUGGGGGGGCGGGCAGAAGGGGCUGGCAUUGGUUCCCCCAGAAGAGACACUGUGCACAGUCAGGGACUGACUGCUUCCUGAGGAGAGUCGCUUUGAUUUGCCUUCCGUUGGCCAAGCACCAGGCCAAGCCCAGAGGCUGUCCUGGAAACUGUGGAAGAGGAGGAGUCCGGGGCCGCUCCUCUCCCUGCUGUCUCUACCCUGCUGUGGAGCUUGUUGUCUCUGGCACCUGCAAGACUCUGGUUUUCCCGUCGGGGCUGCUGUUUGUGGGCUGCGGUUGGCUCUCUGACCCUGCGGGCACUGGUGGCUGGUUCCAGGUCGUGUGCCAGCAUUUCAGGUCUUCCCAGAGGUUGGGUCGGCCAGUGGGGCGAGCAGGUGUGUGGAGUUGUGGGACAUACCCCCUUCUCUCUCCUCUUUUGUAGUGUCUUUGUUAAAAACACGUAGAAGAAGUAAUUUAAAUGACUGCUCACCCUGUUCUGAGGAAACUUUUUUGGAAUUAGAUUUUAGUUGAUUUAAAAAUACACAGUCUGACACUUGUUUUUUUAAAUUUCCAGCAUUGUAGAAGUCGUUCCUAACAUGGGGACUGGCCCUGCCCUCUACGAGGGAUUUGCUUAUGGGGCUCUUUUAGCCCAUCUACAAUUAGUUCAGAGAUUGGGGGCAGAGGGCUGAGCUCCUCCUUGUGGGGGUCCUUGCUCACGUGGGUCACCGAAUCUAGAGGAGUGAGAGGAGGAAAGUGGGGAGACCUCACCUGCCCCUGCUGAGAAGGAAGAGCCCGGGGACGCAGCUGAGAGCGCGCUGCUGCUGCUGCUCGGGAGGCCAGGUUUCUCACCAGAACCUUCCUCUUCCGUCAUAGUCCUCGCUGGGUCCUGCCACCGCCCAGGGCAGAAGACUGUUUGUUACUUACGGUUGUCUGACUUGUUCCCGUGGGUGUUGGAGUUUGUUCUUAUUACACCAGUUGUUUCUCGGGGUUGUGUAGAUCACACAUUUUCCAAAUUAGUUCUGGGAUUGACUAUUCCAGAGGUGGUGGAAAAAACGCACAAAAUUGCUUGUUUCUCAGGAGUGUUGAAUGCCUGCCCCUGUGUUGUUUGGGGAGAUGGGAGUGGGCUCCUGGGUCCUAUGUGAAUGUCCCCUUUGAUGAUUUAUAGUUGCUUAGAAUAAAACUUGGCUAUUAGCA